CGUUCAUCAUCCCACUCGAUCGUGUUCUCCAGCGUCUUCUCCAUCGUCUCCGUCGUCUUCUCCAUCGUCUCCGUCGUCUUCUCCAUCGUCUCCCACUCGAUUUCAGAUGGGCUGAAUUUCCGUGCAGGGAGAGCAAAAAGAGGCGCAGUUGAAUCAGGAAUGAUUUGCCGCCAUGGGAGAAGAAACUGAAGCUGCAGAUACUCAAAUUUCUCGACUGUCAAUAACGGAAGUAGAAGGACUAGAUGAAAACACGCUAUUUUUUCUUGAUUCAGUGGAUAAUUAUCUCAUUUUGAUUGAAACAUUAUCUUCCACUCUUCGUCAGGGAUGGCUGGAAUUAGCUAGUGCUCGCCAUUCAAUGGGUGCUUCACGUGUAAACAGUGCCCUGCUUAACCUUAAACCACAUUCUGCUGCUACAACGGUGGAAGUGGAUUAUGACAAUGCUGGCUCUGUAAAGAAGUCACCGCUGUUCAGUUUAUGCAAAUGGGCAUCUUCUGACGAUAAAGACUCCCCACUGGAGAAGGAAAACAAUGAAGAUGAGCAUUUAAAAGAAAAUUCUAGCAGUCCAAAGCUCGGGCCUCAUGCUUCACCUCGGGAUUCUGAAAAUCAAGAGAGUUCACCGGAAAGCAGCAACAGAUCUGAAACUAACACCCCAUCACCAGAAAGCAACGGAUCUAAAACUAAUGCACCACUGUGUAAAACAGAGAGCACUCUUCAAAAAGAACGAGUGAAAGUACUAUCAGUGUUUGGAACUUUGGUUUCUCCUAAGCUUCGGGCUUCUCAACUUUCAUUUGAAACAGCCUUGGAAACACUUGUGGAAAUUGCAAACGUACGUUCAUCGAUUCUUAAAGCUCAUGAUGCAUUAAAGAAGGAAAUGAAGAGCAGCAACGGGUAAUCAGACAGUUAAAUCCAAGCACACAUUCAUGGCCAAAGAACAAAAUCUCCGGUUCAGAUUCCAGAUUUUGAUCAAUACCAAACUAAGAAUCUUAUAAGUUGUGUAAUAGUAUCUAUGAACAAAAGGAUUUUGAUUGUUUAUGUCAUCGGUUUAGAGAUGGCUUUUAGCUUUUUUUUAAGGGUGUCCUGGGCUAUGUCGAAACUAAUCCGGGCAAAUGGCGAUGGCAAGAGCCGCAAGACAUCAAUCACAAUAAACUUAGUGACUAUAACUGUUGUGGAUGCUUGGAAUCGAACCCACUACGGAUGGGAUAUUCUACCAC